AUGUCUAGCUUCAGGCAAGUAAAUAUCUAUCUGAUGAUCAAAACGGUCAGCCAAAGCAUGUUAGAGGAUGUGUGGGUUCUCCUCAUCGAGGUAGUCGAUCUGCAACGCAUAAUUGAUGUGUUUUCGAAUGAAGAUCAUUACCGUAGCUUUUUGAGCUUCAUCGAUGGGUUUGUCGUCGGUAGGUGCCUCGAUGGUGGCUUUAAUAACCUGUGCCAUAAGAUGGAGCUUCACACCUUGAAUAUACUUCAGUCGAAGUGUAAGGAGUUCACAAAUGGCGGCAAGACAAAUGGAAGAGAUACAGAGGAAGUUGGCGAUGCUGAAUUAUCCGAGGGCCAAUGCGGUUGCUCAGUCCCUCCUCUUCGCCGGCAUGGAACGCUACGCCCUUCUCGAGUGGCUCUUCUUCCGUCGCCGUUCUCCCAACAAAAUCUUCAAGGGGACGCCAUGGAUCACGACGAAGAGACUGCUCGAAUCCAGUAUUUGGUAGAGAUUGCAAAGUUUUUGGGUAUUAUUACUACUAUAAACACCGAAGCCAUCCAAGGGCGAGGAAGCUAUGAAGAUCGCACUGAAAUGCUUCAUCUAAGUGUAGAUCUUGUGGAGGUAGCAAAGAACAUACAACUAAUUGAUUCCAUAGCUGAAAAACAAGCUCAAAUAUUCUCUGAAGAAUGCAAAUUGUUCCUUGUAGAUGUUCAGAUUCAGUCCAUAUAUCCAUUGCCUGAUGUUUCUGAAUUGGAGAAAAAGCUUUCAGAACAAUCAAAGAUAUUCUCAAGUCUUCAACAAAAGGUUGACGAUUUGGCUUCAAAGUAUGCCUACAACCCAUAUGAGGAUUAUGAAGAGGUGGAAUCAAGAUUGCGUGAACAUUUGGAGUCUUUUCUAGAAACUGCAAAAUCAUUCAAUACAAUUUCCACUAAGGAAAUACAUCCCUGGACACACAUGAUGGAGGUACCCCAGCUCCAUGGGUUUGGGUCGGCUGCCAAUCGAUUGUUGAAGGCAUACAAGAUGCUUUUGAAGUUCCUAAGGAACUUGAAGAAUCUUAGAGACUCAUACGCAGCUCUGGCUAUUGGAUCAUCUGACUCGGUUGCUGGUGAGCCUUCAUCUGUCACAAGAAUAAUCUCAGAGUGUGAAUCUGCUUUGACAUGGGAUUCUCUCGGCUUCCAUUGCUCGUGAGCAAGGUGAGGAGGUGAGUUUAUGAUGAAAUUGUAGUAAUUGUUUAGGGGAGGGCCAUGAAUUCAGGCUCUUCGCUUUCUUUUUGGACUGCAAAUGUAUGUUGGGAAAAUGUUGUUUUUUCGUGUCAAAUGAAAGUGAAGUACAAUGUAGUAUUGAUUCUGUAUUCAUAUUACCGGCACUGUUUUGUGGGACGAUCUUUAUCCAUGUUCGUUUGGUUUGCAA